UUUGGAAUGACAACUCCCAGCACUCCCAGAGUUGUCAUCCCCAAAACUAGUUGUCUCUAAAUUUCAGAAUACUCAGAUUCGGUUGCAAAUAAAAAUGCAAAAUAGAUGUGGGUAGGAAUGUGCUGUCACAGUGUUGAUGCGGUUAAAAAGUAUGUCCCAUUUGCAAAAUAGCUGGGGAGAUGUAGCAUUUGGCAAGAUCACAAAAUUUCCCCUACACUUUUGUGUACCGCUCUGCAUCAGAUCCGCUGAAAACCUCCUAUACUGGAGUAUACGGAAUGGGAGAAGAAAACACCAAAAUUUACUCCCCUGAUCUUUUAUCACCAAGAAUUUGGAAAUAUUGCCAUGUAUUUAUUUUAAAAUGCUUUUGCUGCCCUGUGGAUCCAGCUGUGCAAAUCAUUCCUUUCCAAGCAGUUUGGGAUUCAGGGCAUAAGGCACCUUUUUCUUGGAUCGCUCUCAAGGAAGCCAAAAGCCGUCUAUAUUAUUCCAGCUAUGCACAGUGUGGCUCUCCCUGCGGACGGAGUGUUGUUUUAAGAGGAUGUGGGCUUUGCCAAGUUGCGCACGUUCCAGAAGAUUUUCAUUUCAGCUGCUUUUCUCUCCGGCUGCAAGAAAAAUCUACGACAGAGUUUUGCUUGUUUGAGGGAGUUAGCGAUGGGUCGGUUUCUGGUGGGCACAAUGUUGUUGGUUGCGGCUUUUGGGGUCUCUGGGGCAUCUUCUCCGGUGUUGGAUGUUGCUUCGAUGUUGACCCCUCUCGAAGCAGCCAGGAUGGCAGUGGAGGACUACAAUGAAGGAACCGUAGUCCCAGACGUUUUUAGGCUGCUGAAGCUCAGAAACACCCGCAAAACGAGAUUCGGCUGGGGGGUUCAUUUCAGCAUGAACUUCACCGUCAAAGAAACCCUUUGUCAGAAAACAUCCAGCUACAGGAUGGGAGACUGCAAAUACAAGCCAAAGGGGGCGAUAAAGGAUUGCUCUGCUGAAGUCUCCAUCCUCAACUUCAUGCAAGAUUCCCCCUUGACCUCCAUGAAAUGCCGGCGGGCAAACUCUGGCGGACGGAAGACGAAAUCCAGCCAUGAACCCCAGAUGAUGGAGGCAUCAGCCCCUCGAGCGCAAGCGGACUAUUUCCCAUCGUCCUAUUCUACUGCAGCUCUGAAAGCCAUUGCAGAAAAGUAACAACAUGGCACUCUACUCAGCCAAAUGGAGACAGGAAGAUCCUUUCUCUCAGAUUGUGAGAUGUUUGUGUGUCUAUUUUCAGUUUUGUGCAAGACUGCUGCUUCAAAGCCCUUAGUGAGGUGCAAACAUUUAUUGUAGGCUUAUCAAACCCAUUAUAUUGUUAAAAUAUUAUUGCUCAUUGAUGCUGUCCAUGUGUCAUUACCAUAUAUUGGCCUGACCCUCAGAGUUUGUGAGGUCUUUUUUUGUGUGUGAGAUUUUGUAUAUUUCUAACCUGGGGUCAAAGAGGUGCUAAAUCUGCUCCCAGUUUUAACACUGAAUUUUAAAAGGCCUACCCAAGGUGCUGAACUGGAUCUCCAAAUGAGGUUCAGCACCUUGAAUGGCCUGAGUCCUCCAAGUAGAGGAGGCUCAUUGAACCAAUGAGAGUCACACAAGUUUCAUCUCACCAUUUUAAGAUUCAGUGGGUCUCCUUUGGCCUUUAUUACCAAUAGGGUUCAGGCCAAUAACUAAGGUAAACAUCCCCAGCCUACUAAGCCACUCCUCAUAGGGCUUGGUGGUUUCCAGAUCUUUGACUGUCUUUUGGACACCAUCCUUUGGACACCUUCCAGCUUGUCCAUAUCUUUCUUGAAUGGUGGACAUGUUUCAAAACUACACUUUUAGAGAUGGAAGAGACCUCAAGGGCCAUCAGGUCCAACCAAGACACAAUCCAAACACUUGCAACAGAUGGCUAUCCAGCCUCUGUUUAAAAACAUCCAAAGGAGGAGACUCCAACGCUCUCCAAGGCAGAGUCUUCCACCAUCCAGCAGUUCUAACCAUCAGGAAGAUCUUCCUAAUGUUGAGGUGGAAUCUCUUUUCCUACAGCUUCCAUCCAUUGUUCCAUAUUCCAGUCUCUGGAGCAGCAGAAAACAAGAUUGCUCCAUCCUCAACAUUGGCAUC